UCUCUCUCUCUCUCUCUAAAUAUACCCACCUUUCCUUCAAUUCUUCUCUCCAAUUCUCUCACAAUUAAUACAGCCCUUUCUUUGAGAGAGCAGAGCAGAGAGCUGAGAGAUAUGAGUAGUAGUAGUAGUAAAGCUAAAAGUGGUAAUUCAUCAUCAAGUAAUGGUGGUGGUGGGCCUUGCGGCGCUUGCAAGUUCCUUCGGCGGAAGUGCGUAAAAGGAUGCGUGUUUGCGCCAUUCUUCGACUCGGAGCAAGGCGCCGCACAGUUCGCGGCGGUGCACAAGGUGUUCGGCGCCAGCAAUGCGUCCAAGAUGCUGCUGAGAAUUCCACCGCAGAAGCGCCUCGACGCUGCCCUCACCCUCUGCUACGAGGCUCUCGCUCGCCUCAGAGACCCCGUCUAUGGCUGCGCCGCACACAUCCUCGACCUCCAACACCAGGUGGUGAAUUUGCAGGCAGAGUUAGCGUUGGUGCAAGCCCAGCUUUUUACAUGGCAGAUGCAGCGUGCGUCUUCCUCCUCUUCCUCUUCUUCUUCUUCUUCUUCUUCUUGGGGGCCAACAACGGAUAAUUAUCUUCAUCAGUCAUCGCUAUCUCUCAUGCUGUCGGCUUGCGCUUGCGCAUGCGAUGGAUCGUCCGCACUUUUCAAUCCUUCAUCCUCGUCCAUGGAACUUGAACUGGCAGCCGCCGCUGGUGGUUUCUGCAACCCUAUCAAUCAAGAAUUAAGCGAGCAAAAUGGCGAUGGCGAUGGCGAUGGAGGAGUUAUUAGUGUGUCGUCGAUCCUUGCUGCCUCCAAGUGUCUGCAUUGAUUAUUAAAAUAAAAUCAAACUAAUUCCUGAAUCAGAAGACUGACUGUUGUAACCUACCUACCUACCUACCCACCUACCAUGCAUGAACAUCAAUUGGACAUGUUAUUUUGCAUAUGCAUGCAUGCCAUAUAAUAUGUUGCUUGCUUCCAGUCUAAUGUUUGAAUCAAAUGUACCUGCAGGUGUCUCUUUUA